AUGUCUCUCCAUAUCCCGUAUUGGGGAUCUGGUUGUUCCCUGUUGCAAUAUUCCAUUCCUCUUGCACAGGUCUGCGAGCUGGAUAUCAUUUUCCACUUUGAAAAAGCCUAUUACGUUCUAGAUGAGUUCAUUCUCGGGGGUGAAGUUCAGGAGACAGGAAAAGAUACCGCGCUUAACUAUAUCGACAUGCAAGAUCUCAUGCAAGAAGAGGAGUGUAAAACCAGAGAGGAACAGGCCGAUAUCAGCGUAAUUGACGUAUCCGAGUUUUGA